AUGGAGCUCUAUCCACCGAGAUUCACAUUAGAACUAGUCGCGCAAGUCCCACUGUAUGGCUUCAUCAUUUCUUCUUAUCGGAAUCUUGAUCAUAAGAAUAUGGCCGGUAACCGCGCUACCACAAGCCACGAUGGUCCACCUCCCAACCCAUCAAUCACUUUAGGCCCACUACCACCUGAAUUCGACGAUAUCCCAAAGGAAAACCUCCAAUGCUACAACUCAUGGGCAUCAGCAGCAGCCAUCAACCUUUACAUACAAUGGCAGAUAUUCACCCUGGCACCUUGGGUCCCGCUCCCCACUCCCACUCCCCACACAACCAUCUACCCAGUGACCAAUACAGAAUGCACGACGACAUACUCCGGCCCGCAAACUGUCCUUUGCGAUAAUAUCACCAGAAACUACCUGCCCACCGAAAACACAACCUGCGCAACAACAAGCUUCCUCUCCACAUACAGCUUGUACAAUAGCUACUGGCAGAGUUCCCCCUCGUGGCUCUCCAGCUGGAGCACCGCGAACACAAAACCCUACCCACCCUGCACGUUCGCCCACGACUUUGAAACAGUGUGCUACAGACUGCACUCUGUAUACAGCUGGCGCACAAGCCAGGCUGCUGCCUCCGCGUCUGCAAACAUCACCACCACUCCCGAAGACAUGCUCUGGCCCAUGAAGCCCACGUGCAAGACACUCAUCGACCUUCCGUCCCCCAACGCAAAAACGAAACGCUGCAAAUUCGACGUAGACGACUACGCAAUCUACUACUGGCCCUCUGCCCCUCUCAUAGGCACCACCUUCUGCGCAAACGCUACCCGCCGCGCAGGAGGCACACGUACAAUCCCAUGGCUGCCCAACACGGCCGUCGUCUCUGGCCACACACUCACCAGCCCCUCCGUCUACCACUUCCUGACCGGCGUGCGCGUAUCAACAUACCUCGGCAACCGCGACAGCAACAAAUUCCGCUCGCCGCACUACAACAUCUCCUCUGCCCUCCCAACCUCUCUAAUCACAUUCCCGCAAGGAGAGAGCGAAAUAUGGACCGCGCAGCCUACCGAAUUCGGCAUCGGCGCAUCCCACCACACUGAAUGGCGCUACGCAAACUCCUCGUACAACGCUGACUGGAUGGCCACCGCUCCCUCUAGCGCAUACUUCAACGCGUGCUCACGCAACAACCUGUGCUCUUCCACCGACAGAACGAUCUCCCAAGCGCACUUUCGCCAGUUUGCGGCGCUGUCGGUGAAGGAUGUGCUGGCGGAGUGGGAUAGUGGUAAGUUUCUGGAUUGCGAUUGGACGAGUCAGUAUUUUGAAAGUUGGGGAAGCGGGAAUUGGCAUGAUAGGAAGGAUAUGUGGAUUGCGCCGGGGGAGCCGUGGCGCGCGACGCCGAUUGUGACGGAGGAGGGGGAGGUGAAGGCUACUGGUGUAGGGUGGGCGAGGCCGGGAUCGGUGGCUGGGGGCAAGGUUUCGAGGACGCAGGUUAGUGGGCCGGAGCAGACGGGGAAGGGUGGGGGUGCAGAAUAA